CCAAUGGGCCAACACCCAAUCACAAGGUGCUGAUUCAAUCAAUAAGAGAGCUGGAGAAAAGUGGAGAAGGAGAUGCCUUCAACCAACAAAUCGUAGCGACCAUCAAACUUUAGAAGCUUUAGAAGAAGGUAGUCUACUAGCUAGCUAGCUACAUAAAAUACAACAACACCUAAACACAACCACGGAAAACACCAAUUCACAAUCGGUUUAUCGGACUGACAACGAAAAUGACACGAGCACAGAUUCUCCCCGCACUUCUCUUGUUGGCAUCGGCGUUGAGCGUUUCUGCCUUUGUCGGUUCUACGCCUCGCCGAGCAGCAUUUGUUCCUGUAUCCCAACAAGUACGACCAGUCUCUUCUCUGCACAUGGCACCCGUGGGCACCGAGAGCAAGCAAGAACAAUCCACUUUGGGAAUUGUCAAUUACAACAAGGCGUCCACAGAAGUGGCAGUGAAGGAUGACUGUGAAGUUCCCGAGGAACCCGAGGAACAAACUGAAACAGAAAAACUUUUGGCCAAGGUCAAGGAAGCUGGAACAGCUGGUGUCAUUUCCUAUGCUCUGUGGGAGUUGGCGUUCUGGUUUAUUAGCAUUCCUGUGUGCAUCAUUGGUUACCAUCAAGUGACAGGACACUGGCCAGAUUUGAGCAACUCAGACGAUCAAGCCAAAGUUGGAGCGGAAGCCUUUGCCUUUGUCAACUUUGCCAGGUUCGCUGUCCCAUUGAGAAUUGGAUUGGCACUGAGUACUACAUCCUGGAUUCAAGAGAAUAUCGUGGAUCGGUACCUCAAUAAAGACGAGGAGGUAUGUGAACCCGUCAUGAACGAAGAGAGCGACUUUGGUGGGGAUCAAAAGUAAGAAAUAGAUCGCCUGAACUCAAGGCGAGGAACAAGAAGACCGCGUACGAACAAUCAAGCUGGACAACAAUGCGCAACCAACCCUGAGAUUUGAGCUGGAGCGGUCAGGUUUGAGAAGGGAAGAAUGAGAAUCUACGAGAACGCAACAAUGAGCAAAUAGACGUCUUACUAAAGAGAGAACAAGUAGUUUCCCAGAUGAUAAUAUAGACGGUGUACUCAGCACUUUUU